AUGCCAAAACGACCAUAUGACACCGAUGAUACUGAAGUAAUCGGUGAAGUAAUCCCAAAAAAGAUGUUCAGUUGCGGUGAAAUCGCCGCACAGACCAAACUUCUUCCAUUCGCGUCGAAAUAUCAGUUCAUUGAUAAACGUUAUCGAUUCAAAAAGAGUGGGGAUGAUUUUGUGACUAUUGCAACACUGACGAAUCUGAGGACUUUGCAGAUCGACGUUUCAAUGUACGCAACUCCAGAUGAGUUCAUGCAACUGAAGUCGCUCAACAACUUGGAACACAUUCAUUUGGAGUGGUCAUGUUGUCAAAACCUCAAAGCAGAGCAUCUCACUCGACUCUUCGAACUUCCAUCCGAAAACGCAUCCAGCUGUUUCCCGUAUCGUCUGAAAUAUUUGCGUCUAUGGAAUUGUCCUGAACUACUUCAGAUGGUUGCCGUAAAGGCCAUUAUAAGCAGGAAUCUCAAUUUCUUAAAUAUAUCAUGUCUAUAUAAGAUGAGAUGUGAUGCGCUCUAUGAGCUGGCCGAUGAUGACCUACCUAAAUUGCAGUUCCUCAUAUUACACGACACCGAGAUUGAUCAAAAAUUCCUCGAGAAUCUCAAUUUGAAACAUCCAAAACUGAUGAUAUCGAAUCGUCGGAAACAUUUCAUAAAUUGGGAUCUGAAGGAUGGAAAGCAGCCGUGUUUCAACGAGGAAUUUGCUGGUGAUCUGAAUACUAUUUUAAAUGAUUUAAGCGAACUGUAUGGAUUUUGUUGCAUGCAUAGUGUGAUUUAA